AUGGCAUCCGACUCCGAUUAUUCGCCGGCGCAGCUACUUGAGCAUGCCCGUACUGAUGUACGACUCCCCGUAGCAGAGCCGUUCCUUUCGGCUGUUCUCUCUAGCCCCCCUUUCAUAAACGUCACUGGUACAUUCAACACCCGGGACGUUGGAUUGGUUCCUGGUAGUCCUAUUCGGAAAGGCUAUGUGUUUCGCUCUGGGGCUCUCGAGAAUCUUGAUGAUGUCGGCAAACAGCAAAUCGCAGGUCAAGUCGGCAUCAAGAGAAUAUUCGAUUUGAGAACGAGACAUGAGCGGGAAAAGUAUCCCGAACCAGAUGUCCCUGGUUGUGACAUAAUGUGGAUCCCAAAUUCAUUCAGCAACACCAUCGAUAUCAACGACUUUGUUAGUGGGGGCGGCGAAGAAGGCUACUGCAAGAUGUACAUGGACAUCAUGGAAAUCUACGCGCCAACUUUAAAGAUCGUUCUCGAACACGUCAGAGAUCGUCCACAGGAACCAUUUCUUUUCCACUGCGCGCUUGGCCGGGAUAGGACUGGCAUUCUCGCAGGCUUCCUAUUGUCCCUGGCUGGCGCCAACGCAGAGACAAUCGCCCUGGACUACAUGCUAUCCCGGAUUGGUUCAGAGCCCGUCCGUGAGCUAUUGCUUCAGCGAGCGGUAGAAGACAACAACUGCGACUUCGAUGUUCCUGUUUUCCACAACCUUUGCAGCCUCCGAUUAUCUACCUGGCAGUUGUUCAUGACGCAGGUAGAAGCCAAGUACGGAGGCUUUGAGAAGUACGCCAUGGUCACACUUGGAUUUUCUCGGGAGGAAAUAGAACGAAUCGUGGGUCACUUGAGAGCAUAG